AAGCAUCCAGCAAACAACGAAAAUAGCGUCGAUUCCGCUAUACUGGCUACCGAAUGGAUAAUGGGUAUUUGUUUAGACACAGAUGCCAGCGCGGCACAAGAUACCGGCGAACCCGGGAACGAUUGGAAUCAUAUACGAACUCAAAACAGUGCCAAUGGACGGAUCGGUACGGGAAACAUGGUCGCCAUAGACAUGCCAAAUGCUGGAAAAAUAAAAUUCGAUCCGCCCAAAGUGCCAGUGAUAUUUGUUUUAGGCGGCCCAGGUAGUGGAAAGGUGACACACUGUGACACAUUUAUGCAGGAGCGCCGUGGUGUGACACAUAUAAAUAUGAUGGAUUUGUUGCAGCAGUAUGCAAUGGGAAACGAUAUGCAAGACUUCUCGCAACUAUCCUCAAAAACCGUCACUGAGGUGCUCAUGCUGGAAAUGAAAAUGGCUCCAGCUGCCAAAGCGUACCUAAUUUCGGGAUUUCCACGCUCAAUGCGCGACGUGGUCGAAUAUUCGGAAAAGAUUCAAGUCGUGAAUGGCGUGAUUUUGAUAUCCUGGCGUCAAUCGGUUCUGCAAAAGCAAAUUGAUUAUGGCGCAAAAUUAGGUCAUGUCGUACUCUCCUUAGCCAAAAUGGAAUUAGAGAAUUUCUUUAAAAAUGUGAUGCCUGUAGCAGACUACUUCGAUCAAAGUGAUAUGUUAAUAGCUGUAAAUGGUGAGCGGGCGCCAGCCGAAGUGUACAAAGACUUUCGUACUGCUGUACUCGACAUACUGAGCACGCUUGAAAAUCAAGAGGCCAUGCUGAAUGGAGUUACAGGUAUGGGCAGAGGGAUAAAUGAUAUACCCGGCAGUAUUGUUAGCGUAGACACCGCACCUAGUCAAGCCGCGAAUAUUGCAGACAUUUCAAAUGCCAACGCCAACAACAAAACUGUAUUUGCUGCCAACACCAACCACAACAACAAUAGAAGCCAUUACAACAACAAUAUGGGCGAUCAGAGCAUAGCGAAUGCAAUGGGCGCACACAUUGCUUCAGGUGUCACUGCUGCUGCUGCGACUGCAGGAAUUACAGAUGCUGAAGUCAUCACCUCACAACCUGCAUUGACGACAACCAAUAAUGCCGCGACGAGUAUGGACCACAAUUUGGACAAUAUACCGCCAGUAAUUUGGGUCAUCGGUGGACCAGGUAGCAAUAAAGCGAGGCUGUGCAUGAAGGCUGUGGGUUUGAAUCCUGGUUGGGGGCACAUAAGCAUGGGACGACUUUUGCGUGCCAUAACCGACUCGGCACCACGUGCCAAUACUGAAAACUAUACCGUCAAAGAGUCACUUUCCGCUGGCGAAAUGGUGCCGGAGAAGGCGAUUAGCAACAUACUCGAUGUGAAUAUACGGCAAAUGAUGGAUCGUAAAGGCAUACUGAUCGAUGGUUAUCCACGAAAUUUGCAGCAAAUUAAACAUUUUGAAAAUAAGUACAAACAGCGACCUCCCAUUGUGCUGCUGGACUGUUCAAAACUGCAGUUGGGCCGUGGACGGGUCGAUGAUACUGUCUCCUCGUUUCGGCGUCGGCUAGAACUUUUCCGAGAGCAAACCUUGCCAAUGCUGAAAACUAUGGAUAAAGAUAAUCGCCUGCAAAUUGUCGAUGGCGAUACAGACAGCCCGUCAGUGCAGCGCGAAUUCGAAAAAAUCAUACGCCAGCACAUACAAAAUAUACAAGGUGAUGGAACUCGACCAGCAAGCAAUAUGAUUGAUGCUGGCAUGAUGACCAAUCAUGUGAAUCGUGAUCAAACCGAUGCCAUUUUACAUGAUCUGGAAAAUAAUGUUCCGGGUGCAGUGCCAACUAUAAGUCAUCAUGUUUCGCUCAUGAAUGGCCAUUUGAAGAAUCGAAAUAACAGUGCAGCAAAUAACUUAAACAGUAAUCAACCGACAAUGAACGGCGAUAUACGCGUAUCGGGAAUGACCGGUAGUAUGGAUUUUAGACACAUGCUCGAGGAGGCUGAGAGAUACCCCGUAGACUCGUAUAUGUAA